CAGUAUUAUUGUAUUGAAUCGAACUGUGUGGGUGCAGAAAUUCCGUCCAAGCGCUUCAGUCCAUCGCGUCUAAACCCUCCACCUCGCGUCGCGACACACGCCAUUCAUCCUAUCCCAACCUGCCGGCCUGCUUGCCUGUCCUUGGCCCCGACUCCAGUCUUCUUCACCUCGACCGAAUGGCCGCCUCUCCUUGACCUUCUUUCCGACCACUCUUCUCUUCCUUCACCUCUGUUCUUUCCUUCUCAUCAAGACACCGUGUUUGCCCAUCGGCUGUCUGCCCGCAGCACCUCACGUCGCCAUCCAACCUAAGUACAAGACACCGCUGCCAGACACGCACACGUCCCCGUCCCGCGCGUCGGUCUCGCUGGCCCUCGCCAUGGACUCCUCACCUAGCCGUCUGUCUUCGCAAUUGCCCAUGGAGCCUCAACGCCAGUCGCUCGAGCCGUCGCGGAAGCCCUCGUUGCUCCCCGCUUUCGAGCCCUUCUCCAGCUCGCCUAUCCUUCCGCGUCCCACCUCGUCCAAGAGGAAAUUCAAUCAAGACUCGCCCAGCUACCCCAAGCAGCAGCUCAAGUUCUAUCCCACUCCCGUGCCUACUUCUUCCACUGGUAUGCUGCCGUCCUCGCCUCAGAAUGCUCGUCCCGUGAUAGAGCGGUCCAUUAGCAUGCUCUCCGAGCGACAGCCGCUUGGCGCUGUCCCGACCAUUGACCUACCAGCCGACGGAGAAAUCCUCAAAAUCGGCAGAUCCUCCAAUUCGUCUGAUUACCAGCUGUCUGCAAAUCGCCUGAUUUCACGCGUACACGUCCAAGCCGCCUACCACGCGCCGAGCGCGUCAUACCCCCACGGGUAUAUCGAGAUGGAAUGCGUGGGCUGGAACGGUGCAAUGGUUCAUUGCAAAGGCUGUGUGUUUGAAUUGAAAAAGGGAGACACGUACGUCUCUGAGAAUCCCGAAGCUGAGAUUAUGCUGGAUGUUCAGGAUACCCGCGUCAUGAUUGCAUGGCCCGUGAUCCCCCAGAAACUCUCGUGGGAAUCCGAGGACGACACUACUCCGACACGUCAAACCACCCAGGACCACUUUGCUAGCAGCCCCCCAGUUGUCCCUCGCUCUCCCGUCUCGCAGAGCCCUAUGCGUCAGCCCGUCUUUACCACCGAGCCUGCCGUACCCGUCCAAGCCAGUUCCGUCAAAAUCUUUGAAGAUGCAGACGCGAAGGCCAAUGCUCCUGCGACCAGCCCCAUCCCCGCUGAAACCACUUUUAUCCAACCCACCCAGUCCGCAUCUCGCUCUCCAUCCAAGAGUGCAGUGCACGAGUCAAAGGCCAGCCUUUUCUCGUCCUUCAACGAUGAGGAUUUCUCCGACGGUGACGAGGAGAAUGAUCCGGUUGUGCAUUCGUUCGGUCCAUUUGGCGAGAAUCUCCUGCCGCGUCUCGCUUCAUUCUCUACUGCUACGCCACUCCAACGCAAUACCCCGACCCAACGCCGCCACCGCGCUGCCUUGGCUUCUUCGUCACCCGCAGCACCGAGCUCGCGUAAUGCUCUAUUCAAGACCUCGCCGAUCAAGAACCACGUCAUCAACCAAUUGGCCUACUCUCGCCUGCACUCUCAGCCCCUGUCUGUCAUUCACACCAACCUGCCCGCCGACCUGAAGGCACCCAUCACCAAGAACUCGGAUGACAAGGCUUCGGGCAGCAGUGGAGAAACAACGCCGGUCCCUCAACUCAGCAGACAAGAUCUGAAGAAGCUCCUCGAUGAGACCCCAUGUGUUGGAGAGAUUCCCCGCUCUGGUAAGGACGCUGCCGGUCAACCUCUCGAGAACGAAUUCUACUACGUUCCUGAAAUGGACGCGGACACGGCUCGCCGCGAGACUAUCACAAUGGGAAUGCGCGGUGCUGGAGGUCUUCGUGCUGUGAGGAAGCAACACAAGCAAUACUACUGGAAAAAACCUCGUGUCUGA